AUGGGCGCCCUGUCGCGGUCCUCUCUCCGCGGCACCGUGCGACGAAAGACCGACAACGUGCAUCUGAAGCAUGACCGCCAUGGACCACCCGUGAAGAGGCAACGGACCCUGCACGAUCUCUGGCCCGUCAACCGUCGCCGAAGUUCUCCGGACUGCCUCGACGCGACCACUCCCACGCAGGAUUCCGUCGCCAGUAAAGCUCGUCACAUCCUCUCAGCCCCCAAUGCCACGCGCCCGCCGACGACCACCCGUCGAUCUCGCCGAGCCUCGUCCGCCUCGGUGGAUAGCGUCGCGUCGGACGACCGAUUGAGCAUUUCGGCGACCCCGCGCGUGAAUGGCGAUGGCGUCACGACCCUUCGGCACUUUUCCGACCGUGAGACCCCCGCGGCGCAUCGUUCGCGAUCCACGACGGCCUUACUACGUGAUGACCCCGAAUCGCCCGAUCCUUUGGACACGAUCUCGCCCGCGGUCGCGACACACCUGAAACCUACGCGUGCGGGACUUCUUGCUCCAUCGCUGGACGUCGAAUCCCUUCUGCCGAACUCGCCAAGCGUCAAACGCUCGACCCGGCGCAAUGAUCGAAAUGCCGAGCCAGAAGUGCAGAAUGGGAGCGCGUUCACGGUCAAGUCAGCUGGUCAGGAUGCAGCCAUGUCACCUCGCACCGAUACGCGACCGGCCAAUGCGACGCGGUCGCAGCUACAGCAACAGCAACAGCAGAAAGAGGAUGAGCAACCGGCCCCAAAUCAAGAUGCCUCGGCACCAGCAACGAGUGAGAGGCGAUCACUGCGCUCUGCAGACACUGGUGCGCGAUGUAAGAGCGAAUUGGCGCAGUACUUUCAUAAUUAUGAGCAAAUCAUCAGCCUGGACGAGCCCAAGCCCGAGCUUCUUGCCUUUGACACCAUCGUCACGUUGAUCGAUGACCUGUCGGAGCCGCUGCCAGCUGUGCAGCCCGAUCCGGCUCCAUUUGGUAACCCACUGCACAAGUUGUACAAUUGCCAGGUCAUCACGUUGCCCGAGCCGCCCUCCAGCUCCGAUGACAGCGAUCCCCUGACCGAAGACCUCUAUUUCCGGGCCCAUCGCCGGUUCGAGCGGCAGGAGAAACACCUGCGCAACAUUGAGAGGGAUCGCGCGCAACACGAAAAACAGCAUCUGGACCGGCUGCUCGAGGAGCUCCGCAGUCAAGAUUGGCUGCGGGUGAUGGGGUUGACGGGAGUUCACGAGAACGAGAAGAAGCUCUACGAGCCCAAGCGCAAGAUUCUUAUUGAUGAAUUGGUCGUUCUGGUCAACAAAUUUCAAAAGUGGAAAGAUGAAGAGCGGAAGCGCAAACUGGCCAAAGACAAACAGUUGCCUGCGGGGGAUGCCGACUCUGAUCCGCAUCACGUCAAAGAUUCUACACGCAAGCACUUAAAAGCCGCCGAAGAAGCGGCUGAAGAGAGCUCGCCUCUCUCCGAUGCUCUCAGCACGCCUGACCCGAGUGACGUUGAUGCAUUGGCUGCGCGUCAACUCCAUCAAGAAGCGCGCUCGGCCUCUGUCGCCAAACAGCGUAAAGCGGUCCCCGAGACUCGUAAAUCCAAACCCAUACGCUCCGAGGGGGAUCAUUCCACUCCUGCCCCUAAAACCAAAGCAAACGCCAAAAGAACCAAACAACCUCCCCCGUCACAGUCCUCUCAGGAUGCACACACAAAAGCUCAAGAAGCUGCUCCUCCUCCUUCAUCUCGUCCUCCUCUUUCACCUCCUGCACCCGCUUACCUGUACAUUCCCCCACCUCCAGAUAAACCCUUUACUUCCUUUUUCGAAAAUUCUCAUCAGCGAGAGGUAGCCCUGGCUGCCAUCAAUGGCACACGACGCAGCCGUACCCAUACCGUCCUCGCCUUUGGUCAGCCGCUCCCCGACAUGCCCGAGCGAGAAUUUGACCCUCCGGAAGAGAUUCUCACCGAUGAGGCUCUACAUGCGUCGCAGCGUCAACGGCGGCUCUUGAAGAGACGUCACCGAGGAUAA